UUAAAUUAAACGGAAAUGAUGAAACCGGUUCUAAUUAAGUCUAAUUUUGCCGAUUUUGAUGGAACUGCGUUUUGCAAUUGGCGACCCUGUUUCGAUAUAUUGCGCCGCCAUUUUCCGUGUGAUAUUCUGCGUGGUUCUGUGCUUCGACAUUCCGGUGAUUACAGCGAGAGCACGAUGUCCUCAGCGAGCGGUGACGAGUCCGAGGUCGCGCUGGUCGAACCAGUGAGACGUACCAGGUCGGGUCGAGCUCGAAAGACAGCGGUGGUAGCUAAAAAAUCGCCCGUGAAAAAGCUCCUCGCCCGGGCGACGCGCUCCCCGAGAAAGAUUCAAGAGAUCGAGGAAGUUGAGGAAGAAACUGCAUCUACAUUGGAAGAAAACGUGAUGGAAAAUAUACCUGAAAAUGGAGUACAACGUUUAACAGAAGUUAUUGUGGACCAACGCAGUGAAGAAGACACUCCCAUGUUGCACUUGGAAUUGGAGGACGAGUCUGAAGAUGCUAAUAUACAUGAAAUGAGUAUGACUCAAAGUGAUGAAAUAGAGCAAGAUGUAGAAGACGUGCGGCAUUCCAAUAUAAGAUCAGAGGGCAUAAUUAUAGAAGACAGCAGCAUGGACAAGGUAGAGAUGCUGGCAGAACAUAGUGAAGACAUUGAGAUGGAAGGUCAAGAUGUCAGCAACGAUGACUCAAAUCAGCAGCGUGUGCUGAUAGAUUUUCAAGAUGUUAUCAAUGAAGAUGGCAGCACAAUGACACAAGAGAUUCUAGAAACGGAAGAGAUAGACGAGUCAGAGAACAUACCCACGCAUACUGGUACCACAAUCCAAAUUAUGGAAAUUGAUGAUUCGCAGCAAGAAAUAUCAGAGGAUGUGGACGCGGUGAUGGGUAAGGUUGAGGAACCAGACAUGGAGAUAUUACAGAGUGAUUCCCUGCCACGUAUAGAAAUCACUGAAGCUGAAACUGAAACAAUACAUGAAUAUAUAAAUGAAGAUGAAGCAAAGAAAAUCGAGCCUGAUACAGAGGCUGUAUCAGAGGAUGAGUUACCUACUGAAGCCACGGCCAAGGAACCAGAAACUGAAGCAGUUUCUGAUGAGGAACUGCCGGUUACUGCUCCAGCAGACUUAGGUGAAACCGAGUCUGUGUCCGAGGAUGAAUUACCACCGGACAGUGACAAGAAGAAAAAAAGUGGGGUGAAAUCAACAAACAAAACACCUGAAAAGAAGACUAAAGUGGAAAGUGGAACCAAACGUAAAUUGAACGCGGAAGGAGAAUACGAUCCCAGCUCUCCGACGUCUGAAAACAAUGAUGAGGCACCGGCAAAAAAGCUCGCCUUGUCGAGCGAAGCAGAAGCGGGAGAUAAGCAAGAAAUCAAGCCAGCAUCGCCGAAAAAGAAAACAUUGCCCGAAUUAGAAAAGUAUUGGAAAGCUGUUAAUGAAGAUCCAUCUGACUUCACAGGGUGGACAUAUCUCUUACAAUAUGUGGAUCAAGAAAAUGAUGCGGAGGCAGCGCGCGAGGCUUACACAAAAUUCUUGGAGCGUUAUCCAUAUUGCUACGGUUACUGGAGAAAGUUCGCCGAUUACGAGAAGAAGAAGGGCAACCCCGAAAAUGUCCAAACGGUGUUCGACCAAGGUCUGAAAGCUAUUUCGCUAAGUGUCGACCUCUGGCUCCAUUACAUCAACCACUGUAAAACCGUCUAUGAGAAAGAUGAAGAGAAGCUCCGGGAGCAGUACGAGCGAGCCAUACAAGCUUGCGGACUUGAAUUCAGAUCGGAUCGUCUUUGGGAGAGUUACAUAAAGUGGGAAUCAGAAGCAAAACGCUUGAGCAGAGUGACAGCACUGUACGAUCGUUUGCUAUCGACACCUACUCUUGGUUACACAUCCCACUUCGAAGCCUUCCAAGAAUUCGUGUCGUCUAACUUGCCGAAUCGUAUCCUAAGCGUGGACGAUUUUCUCGCGUUACGUGCAGAAGUAAAAGCCCUUCUCAAAUCAGACGAUGCCACCGCGACAUCAGCUGCCGAUGACGCACCACCCGGUGAAGAACCACCACCUCACGAGGUACCACCUACCGAUGAGGAGACCCGUGCCAUCCGUGAGAAGAUCAUUAGCAGCAGGCGUAAAAUGCACAAAGCGAACGUCAAUGCGGUGGCAGCAAGAUGGUCCUAUGAGGAAGGGAUAAAGAGACCAUAUUUCCAUGUAAAACCAUUGGAACGAUGCCAAUUGAAAAACUGGAAGGAGUACCUAGAUUUCGAGAUUGAACAAAAGGAUCAAAAUCGAAUAAUCAUCUUAUUUGAGAGAUGUCUAAUCGCUUGUGCACUUUAUGAUGAAUUUUGGAUGCGAUUUGUGCGCUAUUUGGAAUCGCUAAAGGGAGAUAACACAGAAAAGAUCCGAGAUGUAUAUUCGAGAGCUUGUAUGGUUCAUCAUCCAAAGAAACCAAACUUACAUUUGCAAUGGGCCAUCUUUGAAGAAGGGCAAGAUAAUUUCGAGAAAGCUGCUGCCAUAUUAGAAAAUAUCGAUAAUGUAUUACCAAAUAUGCUACAAGUGGCGUACCGACGAAUAAAUUUGGAACGCCGUCGUGGGGAUUUAGAGAAAGCGUGUACCUUAUAUGAGAAUUACAUUAGCAAUAGCAAAAACAGGACGAUCGCCAAUAAUAUUGCUGUGAAAUACGCGCGAUUCUUGUGUAAAGUCAAGGAUGACGUUGACAAAGCAAUUAAGGUGUUGAUGAAGGCCACAGAUAAAGAUAAAGACAAUCCUAGACUAUAUCUGCAAUUAAUAGAUUUGGCAAUGCAACGAACACCAGUCGACACUCAAGAAAUAGUAGGCUACAUGGAUCUGUUUAUAGAAAGAGAACACGCAGAUCUUGAGCAGAGAGUGCUUUUUGCGCAACGCAAAGUAGAAUUUCUAGAAGAUUUCAGCCCUGACAUCCGGCAAGUGUUGAAGGCUCACGAACAGUUCCAGAAAUGCAUUAAGCAAGCGAAAGAGAGGAAAAAGACGAAGGGCGACGAUAACAAAACCGAUUCUUCACCUCCGAAGAAGAAAGCUGAUCAAUCAAAUGUUCCACCUUCGCCGUCCGUGGGUUCACAAUCUUCAUAUCAAUAUAGCAGCGGUCCAAGCGGGCCUUAUCAGUCGCCCCAACAGUUCCAGGGUGGACAGUAUGGCGGUCAGAGUGGCUAUCAACAAGGUUACCAGCAGUAUCCACCUCCAUCGGAUCCCAAUUAUGCUAACUACCAAAAUUGGCAGUAUGGUCAAGGCGGACCACAAGCUUACGGACCUUAUAAUCAGUGGGGACAAUACAAUUAUUAUUAAUAUCGAUCAAGUAAUCGCCCCUAAGGAUUAUCAUACUGUUAAUUGUGUCCUGUACUGUACAUUCUCUAGUGUUUUAUUCGAAGUAUACCGAUUUCGAAGUUCGACAGACAGAAGAAUUAUUAAUUGUUUAAGUAUUUUGGUAUCCUGACAUGUGAGAGCUUAAUGCUGUGUUUCUCUCUCUCUUUCUCUCUAUGUAUAUCGAUAACUGAUACCUUGCAUGAAUACUGUAUGUGUUGAAUAACUGUAUACCGUUAACAGAACUUUACUCUUCACAUUACUCCUUUAUAUUGCUAUUUUGUAUAGUAACGAUCCGAGCAGGUCUUAUCAGUUGCCCCAAGAGUUCCAGAGCAUUAUUAAUGAUCGACUAAUAUAAUUGUUUUAUUCUUAUUUUAUAGAAUUUAAAUCAUUCUUAUAAUAUAUAUAUAAUAUUAAAAGCUCUGUAGCGCGCGCCUGUUUUGUUCUAGUAUAUAAAAAAAUGCUAGAUAUAAUAAUAUUCAGUUUUCACACUGAGAAAAUGAAUAAUUAAAAUUUCUGCUACUGGUGUACAGUUCUUCUAGAACUUUUGUGUGUUCACAUAACUUCAAAGCAUGGCGGCUUUAUAGUAUUACAUGUGAAGAUUUGAUGAAUUUCGCGAAUUGUGUCUAUGGCUCUUAAUAAAUUAUGGAUUCCGAAAUGACUGUUGCAUAAUAUUACAUUUAAGAAAUAUGCUGUUAUAACACACUGCAUCAUGUUGAAUAUGACAUAACGCAUUUCCAAUUCUCUAUAUAAAUUGAUAGCUACUUUUCUUGAAAAAUCAUAAUCGUAGCUUGUAAUUUUCUGUAAAUUCCUCAUUAAAUUUAUUUACUGUACCAAA